AUGGCCUCGCGCAUAUCCGACUUUGCGCCGCUCAAGCGCGCCGCGACGCGCGACUCGCUCGAGCCGUGGCUCAAGAGCGUCAUCCUCGCCUUUGGCGCCGCCAAGAUUCUCUUCUUCGUGCCCCUUCUCGUGCUCCUCCCGCUGCGGGUACCGGUGCCGGCGCCGGUCGCCGCGCUGGUCCGCUGGGGCCCCGGCGGCGGCGGCGCCGAGCAGUACGAGGAGAUGAUUGCGUCCAUCUACGUCGUCUGGGGCGUCUUCAUGGUCCGCGCCGCGGCCGACCCGCUCCGCGCCGCCCUCUUUCUCGACUUUACCGCGUGCGCCGACGCGGCGCACAUUGGCCUCAUGACGCUCAUGGCCGUCGUCAACGCGGGCGACCGUGUGCAUCUCGUCGGCGACGUCCUCGCCGCCUGGCUCUUCCUCGGCCCGUUCAUCUAUGUCUGGACCGCGGUGAGGAAGGAGCGCGGACCGGCGCGGCCGAGGUCGGAUGGGGCCUGA